CCUGUUCCACUGAUGAUGCACGGCAUGCUGUCAAUGUUGGAGUGAUAUAGGCACGUCUAGCUACUAGUCGAAGCUGAGGUGUGCAGUAGACAGAGCAGCGUCGAAUGAGCUGAGGAGCUAAUUUUAAAGCCAUGGUGAAGAGACGAUAAAAAUAUGAUUUUGGCCAAUUUGGGGAAUUAGGCAAGACGGGUGAUUGACGUCUUUUGCUGUUCACCUCGCUUUCUCCCACUUUUUUUGCCAUGGCAAGAAGUCGUUUUUUCAAGUCCUUCCUAGCGUUAUCGACCACGGGUGCUGGCCUCUAUGCCUACGAUACAAACACAGAAGCUCAGUUGAUAACACGCAACGUUCGUACCUUUUACAAUGGCGUCGGCUUGGCUCUAGAUUACAAACUCAACUUCAAGCCAGGCGACAUGUCGUCCAUGGAUGCUGUUCACGAGCGUGUAGCCAAUCGCAUCUUUGACGUUUGCGAACGUAACGGUGGGCUUUAUAUUAAAAUUGGCCAAGUCAUAGGUACUCAAGCGUCCGUUUUACCUGCUCAGUAUCAAAAGCGCGCACGUCGGCUGUUUGACUCGGCACCAGCAGUUCCGUACUCCGUGGUCGAGCGGGUAUUUCUGGAAGAUUUUGGAGCCAAACCUGAACAAAUGUUUAAAGAAUUCGACAAAAAUCCAGUAGCGAGUGCGUCCAUUGCGCAAGUUCACAAGGCCGUGCUACAUGAUGAUACCAUUGUGGCCGUCAAGGUGCAGAAACCAGCCAUUCAAAAACAGAUGACAAGCGACCUGAGAGCGUUUCGAAUGUUGCUGGCACUGUACGAACGAAUUUUCGAUUUACCCAUGGUGUGGAUGUCCGACUAUUUUGAAAAGCACAUUCGCAUGGAAGCAGAUUUUGAACGGGAAGCACAAAACUCUAGCAGAGCGUGGGAUCACUUACAAAAAGAGAGCUCGUUGAAAGACCGAGUUUACAUUCCAAAAGUAUACGGCGAAAUAGGGUCCAAGAGGAUUAUGGUGGCUGAAUGGGUGGAUGGAGUGCAACUGACUGCGUUAGAUGAUCUCAAGGAGAUAGGUGCAUCUCCCACAGAGGCCAUGCAAAUUACCAUAGAAGCGUUUGCUAGUCAGAUAUUCAAGAGUGGAUUUGUUCAUGGUGACCCCCACCCUGGCAAUGUCCUUGUUCGCAAGCAUCCCAAAAAGAAAAAUGAAAUUCAAGUUGUACUUAUAGACCAUGGCUUGUAUAUAGAGGAAUCAGAAAGGUUCCGUCAGCAGUAUUGUAAACUAUGGGAGGCGAUGUUUCUACUUGAUGUCAAGGCAUUGGACGAAAUAUGCAAGCAGUGGGGAGUCAACGACUCGAAUAUGUUUGCAUCAGUGACGUUGCAAAAACCGUAUAUGCCAAGUAAAGCACCUCAUCUAUCCAACAGCACGGUGUCGUUUCAAGACGCAUACGAAAUGCAAAUGUCCAUGAAAUCCAGGAUCAAACAUUUCUUGGCUGAUCAACAACUUUUCCCCCGUGAACUUAUUUUUGUUUCUCGCAAUAUGAACAUUGUUCGGGCCAACAACAAGUCAAUGGGAAGUCCAGUCAAUCGCAUCAAUGUCAUGGCACGCUGGGCAGUGCGGGGCAUGGAUCGAAAGGACGAAGCCAAAGGAGUGCGAGGGUAUCUCCGAAGCACAUGGCGAGUGAUUCUGUUUGAAAGCACCUUAUUUGCCAUGACGGAGGAUUCGAGGGCCUGUUGGAUGAACGGAUGAAGGAACAGCUUCAACAACAAUUUGGAAUUGUACUGGAUGAAUCGGUCUUUGAUGCUUGACGACCAGCCAGCCACCGACAGGUGCACCCGUAUUUAACGUAGAAAA